AUGAAUGUAAUGGAAUUUCUUCUCACUCUUAUGGUUUGGGGAGUUCUCGAAGACGACCCUGAACCAGAACAACAACAACAACAAAAUACAUCAAGCGAAUCCCAAACGGACCAGCCAGCAUUAGUAGUGGUUGAAGACUCUGGAGAUGAAGUUGAAGAGAAAGUAAAGAAAGGUGUUGAUGUUAUUACCCCGGCUUUUGGAUUACUUACAAUUAUGGAUGACAUAGCAGAAGAUAAAAUGGAUGAGGAACAAAUUGAAGAUGAAAUUAAUAUAGAUACAAGCGAAAAAAUCCUACGAAUUACUCAAGACGAUAAACCUUUGGAUUGGACUGUUGAACCAGAAAAUCCUUUUCGUGAGCCUACGCCACCAACGGCAACAAAACAAAAUGAAGAUUUUCAACCUAAAAGGCCAACUAUAUCUACAUCAUUACGUUCGAAGACAAAUUUGCCUGUUCCAUUAAUUGAGUAUCUUUGCCAACUUCGAAAUUGUUCGUUCAAGGAACUACAUGUAUUAUUCCAUAAUCUUGAUGCUCGACGUGAAAUUAUUGAACAUUUACGACAAAGUGUGCAGUUACGGACAUCUCAUCUAAAACCAACUUGUCGCAAUUUUAUUGUACAUUGUCAUGAUCUUACAGUGCAAUCAGCAAGUAUUGUUCCAGCAAUGAGUGGUUAUUUGGGCAUAACUGUCCGCGGAUAUUAUUAUGUAAAGCAUAAUUUCAAACUUUGUCAUCCGUAUCUACCUUGUAUUAUCGAGUUUGGUGGAGGACAUCAUCGAUCAUUUUACCCUCUUGAAGUCCUUUGUCAAGUAAAUAUUAUGCAAAUCUAUAAUUGUACAGUUGUAUUUAAACUCUUUAAGAACAACGUUAAAUUUUCUUCAGAAAAUUAUUUAAAGCUUGCAAGAUUUGGAAUUAACACUGAAUAUAAUCCAAAAAGAUUCCAUUCGAUAAUUAUGCGACUAAGACACAAAGGCAAUAAAACAACGGCGGCACUAAUAUUUCAAUCAGGAAAAGUCGUCUUAACAGGCGUGCCUACUCCAGAAUUAGCAAAUGAAACGGCAUGGAGAGUUGUGAAAAGUAUUAGAGCUUCCAAUAAUGCGGCAGGAAAUUUUCAGAAAAUUGGAAUUUAUAAUCUUUUUGUCACGAAUAUUGUUGGGGCCUACAGACACGAACAUAAACUAGCAAUUGAAAAAUUAUUUAAACAACUUCGACAUCAAAAUAUGAAAGCCAAUUACGACCCAACAAUUUUUCCUGCGCUACGUUUCAAAAUAGGUAUGGAAGAACGAGAUGGAGAAGUAUCGUGCCUAUGUUACAUCUCAGGACGUGUGAUACUAACAGGAAUAAAGUCUAUUCAUGAAAUGAAACAUGUUUUUAACAAUGAUAUUUUACCUAAAAUUAAACAAUUUCCACGAACAUAA